UGCACUAGUGUUUAAUUUUAUUGAGCUGAGCUCUUCAUUCUCUCUUUUCCCGUCGUAAUAACGAAGACUCAAGUUUCAUUCCUGUCCUUUUAGAUUCCCCCAAACUACCCAUAAUGAAGACCAUAUACCCCCUUCUCACCCUCCUUUCGGCGGCCGCUGUCGCUGCUGGUCCUCUUCCCCGGAAUGUCGACAUCCCGUCUAGGGUUGUGGCUCGUACCGAACACAUGGGCGAGGCUGCGCCCGCUCCGGCAGUUGACCCUGCCAAGGCAGCCGCCGACGCCAUGGAGUCCAUGCACGUAGCAGAGGCGGAAGCCAAGGACAAGGCGCAUCAGGAAGCCGCUGCGAAGAUGGAGGCCGAACAUCAAGCCAAGGCUGAAGCAGAGGAGAAGGCUCAUCAGGAAGCUGCGGCGAAGAUGGAGGCUGAGCACCAAGCGAAAGCGGAGGCAGAGGAGAAGGCUCACCAAGAAUCUGCAGCUGCUAUGGAAGCCAUGCACGUCUCUCAGGAAAUGGCCAGUAUCUCAGCCGCAGCUACCACCACUGAGGAGGUUGCGGCGACAACUACAGCCGAGGCCAUCACUCACGAGACUGUUGCACCAAUGACCACGGCUAUGGUCGAACAGCCCCCCGCUCCUAUGGUCACUGAACACCCCAUGCCGCCACCUCCUGCGGCUGAGAUGCCGCCACCACCACCUGCCGAGAUGCCCGCGCCGCCAGCUGAGAUGCCUCCUCCAGCCGAGAUGCCUGCACACCAGACUCAAGCAGCACCCGAGCAUACCAUGAUGCCACCACCACCACCUGCUGCCGAGAUGCCUCCACCAGCUGAGAUGCCGCCUCAGGAGACUCAGGCCGCACCGGAGCACACUAUGCCUCCUCCGGCUGCCGUCACUGUCGUUCCUGAAGCCCCUGCCGCCGGCAACAUGUCCAUGACCCACGCUGCACCAGCUGCACCCAUGGUCACUGAGAGUUUCUCUUUGGUAAUGGGUGAGGCUGCAAACGCCACUGCUUCUGCCAACAUGACCGUUUCCGCCACCGAGACUACUGCUGAGCCUGCAGCCACCGAGGCACCGGGCGCAGCUGAGGAGGAGAAAAAGAAGAUGGAAGAGGAGCAGAAGAAGGCUGAGGAAGAGAAGAAGGCCGCUGAAGACAAGGCAAAGCAACAAGAGGAGGCUGACAAGAAGGCCGCCGAGAAAGAAAAGAAGGCGCAAGAGGAGGCUGACAAAAAGGCUAAGGAAGAGGCGGACAAAGCUGCAAAGGAAGAAGAAAAGAAGGCUGCUGAAGAGGAGAAGAAGGCCGCUGAAGAAGCUAAGAAGAAGGAACAGGCUGACGCUAAGGCUGCCGAGGAAGAGAAGAAGAAGCAGGAAGAAGCAGACAAGAAGGCAGCUGAGCAAGAGAAGAAGCAAGCCAACGAAGACGCCAAAGCUGCUGAAGAGGACAAGAAGAAGCAAGAGCAAGAGGACAAGAAGGCACAGGAGGGUCAAGCCGAGCAGCAAGACGGAGCUGAAGCUGACGACAAGCAAGACGCCGCUCAAGAGGACGACAAGAAGGACGAGGGAGACAAGCAGGACGAAGCCGCCGACGCUGAGCCUGUCGCUGCUGAAGAGCAGAACGACGAGGCCGCAGCACCAGCACCAGCCGCGGAGUCUGGCGACGCCGUUGUCGAGUAUCCUGCUGGUUUUCUGACCUCAGCUCGUCGCCGCGAUGAGAUCGCCAACAUGCCUGUCAAGCGCGGUAUGAAGGCUGUUGCGUUCUGAUUUGAUUGAACAAUCUCCCCGGGUUGUACCCAAGGCGUGCAUCUGGACAUGCACGGGUAUUAGAACAUGUUUGAAUAUGUAGUGUUUAGAAUAGAUACAAGAAUCGCCCACCGCAUCUGC